CUCAAAUUAAACCUAAAACUCAGAAGAAUGUUUUGAGAAACAAAAGCAAGAAAUUUUGAACCAUGUGAUAUGUUUCACCAAUCAAUCAUAUAAACUUCUUCUGGUUUAUCUUUUUAUUAUCCUAUCAUUACCACUCCAUACUCAUAACUCUCUCUGUCUCUCUAUCUCCCUCUCCACAUCAAGAAGAAGUCUCUGCUAGUUCCAAAACAGAACAAGUGAAUCCCUCAAGUUUCUUAUUACAAAACCCAAAAACCAAAGUGAACCAGUGUUGUUGUUUGUACUCACAGAUCCAUUCUCCACUGAUUCAUUUCUUGCUCUGCUUCUUCUCUCUUAGUUUUGUUAAGAAUCUUCUCUUAUCCAUUGUGUUUUUUCUAUUUUAUAAAUACAUAUAUAAUUUUAGUUGGGGGAGAGCUUGCCUGGUGUCGCCUUCUUCUCUCUCUAAGACUUGUGCUUAAUUUACGGACAUGUGAAGAUACUUCGCUUUUGCCUCAUCGAAGGGCAUGUUAGCUAUUUACUUAUCUCUUCUCUUCUCUUCUUUGUCUUGUGAGCUCUCAAAUCUUCAUAGAUACAAAUCAAGAAAGUGAUCAAACAAAAAAAGGACAAGUCUUUUUGGUAUUUCAGAUCGAGAAAAAAUGUGGUUGCAAGGUUUGAAGUAAUCUUGCAAUGGAUUCUUUGACUGGAUUUAGAAUGGAACCCAAAUGGCAAAUUGAUCCUCAGCUUCUCUUUGUUGGUCCAAAGAUUGGUGAAGGAGCUCAUGCUAAAGUCUAUGAGGGAAAAUACAAGAAUCAGACAGUUGCUAUAAAGAUAGUUCACAGAGGAGAAACACCAGAAGAGAUUGCUAAAAGAGAUUCAAGAUUCCUUAGAGAAGUAGAAAUGCUCUCACGUGUUCAACACAAGAAUUUGGUCAAGUUCAUUGGUGCUUGCAAGGAGCCUGUAAUGGUGAUAGUUACAGAACUUCUUCAAGGCGGUACAUUGCGUAAAUAUCUAUUAAACUUGAGACCCGCAUGUUUGGAGACUCGUGUGGCUAUCGGUUUUGCGCUUGAUAUUGCUCGUGGUAUGGAAUGCUUGCAUUCCCAUGGGAUCAUUCACCGUGAUCUCAAACCCGAGAACUUGCUUUUAACUGCAGACCAUAAAACAGUAAAACUAGCAGAUUUUGGAUUAGCAAGAGAAGAGUCACUGACUGAGAUGAUGACGGCUGAGACAGGAACAUACCGAUGGAUGGCACCUGAGUUGUACAGCACGGUAACUCUUCGAUUGGGAGAGAAGAAGCACUACAAUCAUAAAGUCGACGCCUAUAGCUUUGCAAUAGUUCUUUGGGAGCUUUUACACAAUAAAUUGCCUUUUGAGGGAAUGUCAAAUCUCCAAGCAGCAUAUGCAGCAGCCUUCAAAAAUGUGAGACCAAGCGCGGAGAGCUUACCGGAGGAGUUGGGCGACAUUGUAACAUCAUGUUGGAAUGAGGAUCCGAAUGCUCGGCCCAACUUCACGCAUAUCAUUGAGUUACUUCUUAACUAUCUCUCUAAAGUUGGAUCUCCGAUAUCCGCUAUUCCACAACGGAUUCUUGCUUCGAAGAACACGCUAUUGCCACCGGAUUCUCCUGGAACUAGCUCUUUGAUGGCUAAGCUUGAUGAAUGUGGGGAAACUCCAAAGGCCAAAAGUGAAGACAAACGAAAAGGUUUGUUUUUCUGCUUCAAUCAAUGUUAUUAACCUUGAAAUCACAGAGUGGUUUUAGGACCAGAGAUUUGGUAGACAUCACUCAAAUUAUUCAUGUAAUAAUAUCCUCCCUACCAUAUGAAUUUAGCAAGAAGUUCAUUUAUAUAAAUAAAUAGUUAUGUAAUUGUAAUGAAUUUAAAAGUAGACGUAAAGAAAAAGUUUCCUAAAGAGGCUCAUGUUCCCUAAAUGAGAAAGUUUUAGUUUUGUUAAAUUUAUCGUUUUCUAUUUUUCUAUCUCUUCUAUUAUCAAGACUCGAG